AAUGCCUUGUGGCAAAUGAAGGAUGAAAUGACUGAGGAAACAAAUGUUCUGUCUUUUGAGCAUAUCAGUUUAUUAAGCAGUGCAUGGUAAUUGCACAACAAACUGGGACCAGGCCCCUUCCUUAACUUAGGUCUGGACCUGAAUAUGUGGGGAGAUGUAAUUUUAUACAUUAGAAACAAUUAAACAGGACCAAUUAAUUACAAGGAAAUAAUACAAUAGUAGGUAAUCUGAUUUCUAAUUGGAGGAAAGAUCAGGGACUUUCCAUGUUGGUAAGGGGAAGGGCAACAGGUUCAGUUCCCUGAAUUCAGAAAUGAGUGUCCCACUCCCCCCAGGUGUCUGUAUACAAUCAAAAGAACAUGGAACAAGAAGUAAUUGUUCGGUGUGGGGUCAGUUUUCAGGAAUCAGUGACAUUCAAUGAUGUGGCUGUGGAAUUCACCCAGGAAGAGUGGGUACAAUUGAAUCCAUCUCAGAAAAAGUUGUAUAAGGAUGUGAUGCUGGAGAACUAUAGGAACUUGGUCUCUUUGGGAUUUCCAGUUUCCAAACCAGAUGUGAUCUACCAGUUGGAAAGAAGGGAAGCAUCUUGGAUGCCAGAGGCAGAUAUUUCAGGAAGCAGCUGUCCAGGGAGCAGAGAAUUUACUGGAGAUAAACCUCCUGAAUGUAAUGAAUGUGGGAAGGCCUUCAAGAGUAAGGCAGCGCUUACUGCUCAUCAGAAAAUUCAUACUGAAGAGAAACCUUAUGAAUGCAGUGAAUGUGGGAAGGUCUUCAGGAUUAAGACAAAACGUUCACUGCAUCAGAGAAUUCAUACUGGGGAAAAACCUUAUAAAUGUAAUGUAUGUGGGAAGGCCUUCACUUGCAAGACAAAUCUUAUUCACCAUCUGAGAAUUCAUACUGGAGAGAAACCUUACGAAUGUAUUGAAUGUGGGAAAGCCUUCAGGAUUAAGAAACACCUUUUCCUACAUCAGACAGUUCAUACUGGAGAGAGACCAUAUGAAUGUAUUAAAUGUGGGAAAGCCUUCAGGAUUAAGCAACAACUUUCACUACAUCAGACAGUUCAUACUGGAGAGAAACCUUAUGAAUGUAGUGAAUGUGGGAAAGCCUUCAGGAUUAAGCAACAACUUUCACUGCAUCAGAGAGUUCAUACUGGAGAGAAACCUUAUGAAUGUAGUAUAUGUGGGAAGGCCUUCAGGAGUAAGUCAGGGCUUAUUGUGCAUCAGAGAAUUCAUACUGGGGAGAAACCUUAUAAAUGUAGUAUAUGUGGGAAGGCCUUCUGUAGUAAGCCAGGGCUUAUUGUGCAUCAGGCAGUUCAUACUGGAGAGAAACCUUAUGAAUGUAGUGAAUGUGGGAAGGCUUUCAGGAAUAAGUCAAGGCUUACUGUGCAUCAGACAGUUCAUAGUGGAGAGAAACCUUAUGAAUGUAGUGAAUGUGGGAAGUCCUUCCAGGGUAAGUCAGAGGUUACUGUGCAUCAGAGAAUUCAUACUGGAGACAAACCUUAUGAAUGUAAUGAAUGUGGGAAGGCCUUCAUGUGGAAGGGAAAUCUUACUCGACAUCAGAGAAUUCAUACUGGAGAUAAUACUUAUGAAUGUAAUGAAUGUGGGAAGGCCUUCAGGAUUAAGAUACAACUUAGACUGCAUCAGAGAAUUCAUACUGGAGAGAAAGCUUAUGAAUGCAGUGAAUGUGGAAAGGCCUACUGGAAGAAGUCACAUCUUACUGGGCAUCAGAAACUUCAUACUGGAAUUUUCUUUAUGAAUGUAAGGGGUGUGGGAGGGGUUUCCUGUACAACUCAGAUUUUACUCGACAUCAAAAGAUUCAUACAAUAGAGAAACCUUAUGAAAG